AUGAAUAUGGCGUCCCAUAUCCGGCAACGGGACGCCGAGCCCAGUACCAGCCUCACUCCUGGAGCCAUAGCAGGAAUCGCCUGCGGAUCCGGAGCCAUCUUUAUCGGCGCGGCCGGCCUCUUCGUUCUCUACUGGAGACGAAACCGCCAAUAUGACCGAGAAGACGACCUCUACCGAACCGACUCCGAGGAGGAUGUCUCCCGCGGUGGUGCCAUCCCCGCGGUGUCAUAUACACUCGACUACAAAAUCCAUAGCCCCCAACAACAACAACAACAACAACAACAACAACAACAACACCAACAUCACAAAGCCAGCAGCUCUUACAGCUACUCCCCCGAAAAGGCCGCCUACCCUUUCUCCCCGCUAAGCACCAACUCCAGCUCCGGACCCGGCGGCGCAAUGCCCACUCACCCAGCCUACAUCCCCAGGGCCAUGGUCCGCGGCAUGCCAGUAUCAAGCAAUUCUUCUCCCCAACCAACACCACCAUCCAACCCUCCUCAACAGGAACCCCUUCCUCAUUUCACCUUCCCCCAAGAACCCGAAAACCCAACCCCCCGAUCCCAACGCCCCUCCCCUUUAAACCUCAACACCACCUCCCCCUCCUUGCCGCCAACCCGUAAACAACCCCCCAAACUGCUCCUCUCCACCUCCAACUCCAACCCCCUCCCCGGAAAACAAAACGCCACCAUCUCCGGCCCCUUGGCAUUUCCCUCCCACUACCAACCCCCUCCUAACCUCCCCUCUCCCCCGCAAAAGCACCCCAAACCCAAGAGGAUUCGCAACCCCCACGAUCAAAUCUACGACGAUGAUUCCUCAUCAGGUGAAGACGACAAUACCCACCCCAAAGAAAUGGAAAGCUACGAGGAGAGCGACAUCCAGUAUUACCACCAGCAUCACCACUACCACCACCAAGAUAAACGGACUUUUAGGGAGAGGUCGUUGUCUGGUUCAGGGGGAGGAUCGCAGCCCAGCUCGGGGGGGUUACCACCACACGAACAGGGGAAGAAGAGCAGAAGAAAACGCUUCUCGGGCGGAUCAUCGUCUCAGCCGGCACAGCAGUUGGCACAGCAGCAAAGGGGGAAUAGAUAUUAUGCCGAGAUUGAGAUAGGGAGGGGGAGUGAUAUUUGGUAG